UCCUAUUAACCAAACCAUCAACAUCCGGAAAUUUUAUAGGGACACGUCGAUUUCAGUUUUACCUUAAAACACUUGAUAUUUUAAGAGAACUAGUCACUGAAUAUUAAAAAAGUUGUGUGUUAACACUAAGACGUUAAGCUUGGUUGCCCAAACAUAAAGAUUUAAAAUGUCUAACGAUAUAGGCGAAUGGUACCGUGGAAUUCCACAGAUCACAAAAUACUGGUUUACAGGCUCCAUCAUCGUACCUAUGGCAGCGCGAUUUGGUCUUAUAAAUCCUGCAAAUCUUAUUUUAAUAUUCCAUAGUGUCGUUUUCAAAUUCCAGUUUUGGAGACCUGUCACUGCAGUGUUGCUCAUGCGGGUUGGCUUCCCAUAUCUCAUCAACCUAUACUUCCUGUAUUCAUAUUCCACCAGACUUGAAACAGGUAUAUUUGAUGGGAAACCAGCUGAAUACUUGUUUAUGUUGCUGUUCAACUGGAUCUGCCUUGUCAUAAUUGGAUUUGUCGGAGACUUUCCAACACUGAUGAUUCCCAUGAUACUCAGUGCCCUGUAUGUCUGGUGUCAGCUGAACAAGGACACUGUUGUCACAUUCUGGUUUGGAACACAGUUCAAGGCGAUGUAUUUGCCCUGGGUUUUGCUUGCCUUCAACAUGGUCAUUGCAGGAGGGGGUGUGGAUGAGCUGCUGGGUAUCAUUGUUGGACACCUCUACUUCUUCCUCAUGUUCAAAUACCCCCAGGACUUUGGAGGUGUUCGUCUCUUGAGUGUACCGUCCAUAUUAUACCGGUAUUUCCCCAACAGAAGGGGCGGAGUUGCUGGGUUUGGCCAGGCCCCGGCGAGCAGGCGUCGCCCUGAUGAUGAUAACAACCAGGGCGGUGGCGGUCACAACUGGGGCAGAGGGGGCAAUGUUCUGGGUGGAAACUAGACUGUGAUGCAAGGAAUAGUUGUUAGAGAAUCUGAUGACUGAUGGUGUUUCAAUGGCAGUUACUUACAAUUUUAGAUUUGUAUUUGAUGGAAUUUUAGAGUUACCAUUGGAUAUCUAUGAACGUGUUCAACAGUGUUUGUUGAAAAAUGUGCACGAUUAAAAAACAAUAUUUAGUUUUAUCUCUUUUAAUACAACUUUGUGAAUUCUUAUCAAUUGGAAGUGCAUAAUUGUCUGUUCCAUGAAUUUGCAAUGCCGCGUUGUAAGGUAUGACAUCAGGAUGAAGUAGAGAAAUAUAAUACUCUAUUCAGGCUCACAUUAAUCCACACAUACAGGAGAACAUAGCUGACAAAGUGGGCAGGGCCAUUAGUCACUUCUUACGAAGCCUCAGUCCAAUAUGUACUUUUUUGUGUGUUUAGUUUCACAACUUAAUUAGCUUGGCUGUUUUCGGAAAAAAAAACUAGAUUGUCAUAGCCAGCUUGUCGUGUCGUGUCGUCCGCCGUCGCGUCGUGCUAAAACCUUGACAUUUUGCUCAAAAAUCAAAGUGCUUCCACCUAUAACUUUGAAACUUCAUAUGUAGAUGCAUCUUGAUGAGUUCUACACGCCACACCAAUUUUGGGGUCACUAGGUCAAAGGUCAAGGUCAGUGUGAUCUUCAUAAAAAAAAAAUUCUGACAAACUUAUUUAUUCAAAACUGCACCUGCAGCCAAGCGUGUGCACCCGUUAUGCGGUGCUCUUGUUAAUAUGCACAUGGGCUUUAAACAAGUUUAAUAGCUCAGUGCAUAAACCAUCUUGUAUAUAUGUUUAAAAGUAUUGGAAAUGCUCUUUAAGGCUUGUGUUAGUAAACAUUUGUCACAUUUUAUUGUUUGCAUUAUUGUUUUAUUUUUUUAUCCAUAUGGCUACAUUUACAAUGCUCUAAAUGUGAAUAAUAUAUUUUGGAUAUAUGUGGAAGCCUUUACUUGGUUUUACCAUUAGGCAUUAAUUGAUCAAGAUGACAUACAAAACAGCAUCUGCAUAGUUCAAAGCAUUUUAUAACUAAUAUUUAUAUCAUUUAUACUUGUGAAGUGUAUAAUGAUGCUUUAUUUAAUUAUAAGUGUUAUAUUAUUGACUAGAAUGUCCUUACAGUUGUAUAUUGAGUCAUUUGGCAACUGUUGGCUAUAAUUAUAAAUGCAUUAUUAUUAAAUUAUUUAUCUUUUGA